AGAAUAUUACCGGGGUACAAACGUUUUGGUUACAUGAAUUACUCAGUGAUUUUUUUUUCUUUUACAGUAAAGGUACAUUUUCCCUUUUAUAAUAAGCAAGUUAUGGCUCCAUACUUUGAGACUAUGUGAAGAUCCUGUAAUCCUACAAUCUUUCACUCUGUGGCUUUUAAUAUCCUCUGAUAAACUUGGCCUGAAUCAAUUGUGAUUCACUAGGGAUUCCAUUUGUUUCUAAGCACAUUGUUUAGAUAAUUUUAGAUCACAAGUAACUCCAUCCUAUUCCCUACAAUUUGCUCCACAAAACACUGAAUUGCCUUACCUUAAGAAUGGGGUAAAGAUUGGGAUUCCCACCGGAGAAAUUGGGGACAAUAUGAGCAUUAAAAAGAGUAAUGAUAAUAACUGAUGUAACACAUUGAAUAUUUUAAAAAUGCAUGAAUUUGGAGUGCUACUAACAAUAAGAUUUAAAAAAAGGAAAGGAGAAUGAAACCUUUUCUUUCAGAGGAAUACCAGUUAAUAAAAGUAGCACUUUAAAGUUAUCACAAGCAUCAUGUAAUGGUCAAUUCUUACUGUAUUACACUGCAAAUGAGAACAAAUGUGUAACAGCUUCACAUUUAACAAGGGAGAAAAUCCUGAUGACUGGGACAACAUAUCAUUUGCAUAGUUAACAAGUUAUGCAAAUUGCAAAAUGUAAAUAAUUGGUAAGAGAAGAUUCUAUUUAACAACCAAUAAAAUUACUGGCAACUUAUUUUUGAGUCAUCUAUUUACCUUUAAAAUGGUAAAUCUUUUCCUGGCACCUGGAUAUGAUGACCGAUGUCUGUAAAUUGAAAUAUACUUGUAGCAUAUGUACGACCUAAACAUUGUAUAAUACUGCAAAUUGUAGGGAAUAGGAUGGAGUUACUUCUGAUCUAAAAUUAUCCAAACAAUGUGCUUGGAAACAAAUUUUAGUAACAGUCGAUCUAAGGAAAGCGCCACAAUUUUAAAACUGUGACUUUUGGGAAGUCCAAACGGAAUCCCUAGGUAACAUGAGAAAAAUUUAUAUUAAGGAAUUUUAGCUCCACCCAAGGCAAUAUCCUCUUCCUUCUGUAACUGCCAAUUUCCUCCCCAAACCCAAGAGCGUCUCUGUCCAGUUCCGCAGUCUCUGCUCUAAGUCUGUGUUUGUGAUGAUGGACUCGGAGAAAGCAGACGCUGCAAGCAGCAGUGAGGCGGGUUACAUUUCCCAAGUCUCUUCCCUGGACUUGCCAGCUGCGGACAGGGCCACUCCUAAGCGUCUUUCUCUCCCCGGCCAAGAGAGAACGAGAGGGUGGAGCAAACUUUUAGAGUGUCUCGUCCCGCGUACCCUUCCGCCUGUUCUUCCCUGAUUGGCCCGUGUGAGUCUCGGCCGCCCAAUCCCGCUGGAGCGACCCCCGCGACGAUAGGCGCCGCCGCGGCGCAUGCUCACUUGGGGCCUGCACGUCAGCCCCCUUGAGUGCUGGCGGAAGGCAUUGGCAGGGCGGUGCUGGGAGCUGGCCCGCCAGUGCCGGUGCUGAGGUCAUAGGGCUACGCUGGGACGUGGACGAGCACAGUGGGAGGCCGACGGGAAAAACAGGCACUGACACAACUGUCCGAUGUACCCGUAUUCCCUAAGUGCAGGUUUUCUUGGGUUGACCAUUCACUUUCAUUGUGAUUUCCGACCUGGGCACCACAGUCUGACGUGGGGACUCGAAAAAGCCUGCAUUCUUUCCUUUGCAUCCGGGCUCCAUGAAAGGCGAGGUGAAUGGAGUGAGUCUUCAUAAGAAAGUAAACUCUUCUCCUAUAAAGAAUGGGCUGGAGACACCUUUGAGUUUUGCUGCAGGAAAUGUGGCGGCCCUUUUAGCUUCCUACUGGAAGCGCUCCGUCGGAGCCAGGUCUUCUGAACUCUAGCGUCAUCCUGCCCUCUCUGAGGUGACCGCCUGUGGGCGCUGGACCCGCGGACGAUCAUUUCUGCUCUACAAAGAACCUCCUCACUAGUUUCCAAGGUGUGCAACUCAGAAAAGUGACCCAAAAAACAAAAGCCUCUGGUGGAGAGGAAGAGUCUCCAUAGUCCCUGCUAAUUAAUUGUCCUCCGACUUCAGCCCCUAGCCGGCGUCCGGCCCGGCACAGCCGCGGGCGCGCCGCAGUCUCCCAGCUCCACACCAGGCCGGCCCCUACGGCCGCUCAGAAAACGCGGCGAGCGGAACCCGCACGCGGAAGCGCCGGCCGCACUGAGCAUGCCCAGUUGCAGAGCCGACCAGAGGAGUUUUUUUUUUCUUUUCUUUUCUUUUCUUUUUUUUUUUUUUUUUUUUUGGGUCUGAAGUAGGAGGCCUCCCCCGGACCCCCACCCCAGCCCCCACCACCCCCGGCCUAAGCAGCUACCAUGGCCGAGCUCGUCGGCGCGGCGUUGUCCCAGGCGGGUUGGUAUCUUUCAGAUGAAGGCAUUGAAGCUUGCACAAGUUCUCCUGACAAAGUCAAUGUAAAUGACAUCAUCCCGAUUGCUCUCAAUAUCUGAGAACAAUUGGCAAGAAAUUCCUUCCCAGUGACAUCAAUGGUGGAAAGGUAGAAAAGCUUGAAGGUCCAUGUGUUUUGCAAAUUCAAAAAAUUCGCAAUGUUGCUGCACCAAAGGAUAACGAAGAAUCUCAGGCUGCACCAAGGAUGCUGCGAUUGCAGAUGACUGAUGGUCAUAUAAGUUGCACAGCAGUAGAAUUUAGUUAUAUGUCCAAAAUAAGCCUGAACACACCACCUGGAACUAAGGUUAAGCUCUCAGGCAUUGUUGACAUAAAAAAUGGAUUCCUACUCUUGAAUGACUCAAAUACCACAGUUCUUGGCGGUGAAGUGGAGCACCUUAUUGAGAAAUGGGAAUUACAGAGAAGCUUAUCAAAACACAAUAGAAGCAAUAUUGGAACCGAAGGUGGACCACCUCCUUUUGUGCCUUUUGGACAGAAGUGUGUAUCUCAUGUCCAAGUGGAUAGCAGAGAACUUGAUCGAAGAAAGACAUUGCAAGUUACAAUGCCUGUCAAACCUACAAAUGAUAAUGAUGAAUUUGAAAAACAAAGAACUGCUGCUAUUGCAGAAGUUGCAAAGAGCAAAGAAACCAAGACAUUUGGAGGAGGUGGUGGUGGUGCUAGAAGUAAUCUCAAUAUGAGUGCUGCUGGUAAUCGAAAUAGGGAAGUUUUACCAAAAGAAAAGUCAACCAAAUCAGAGGGGAAACAUGAAGGUGUUUAUAGAGAACUGGUUGAUGAGAAGGCUCUGAAGCACAUAACAGAAAUGGGCUUCAGUAAGGAAGCAUCGAGGCAAGCUCUUAUGGAUAAUGGCAACAACUUAGAAGCGGCAUUAAAUGUACUUCUUAACAGCAAUAAACAGAAACCUGUUAUGGGUCCACCUCUGAGAGGUAGAGGAAAAGGCAGAGGGCGAGUAAGAUCUGAAGAUGAAGAGGACCUGGGAAAUGCAAGGCCAUCAGCACCAAGCACAUUAUUUGAUUUCUUGGAAUCUAAAAUGGGAAAUUUGAGUGUGGAAGAACCUAAGUCACAGCCCCAGCAGCUUCAUCAGGGACAACAUAGAUUGUCAAAUACAGAUCAAAAUGGAGUAAAAGAAAAUAAUCAACCAAGACAUCUUCCUAGAAAUGAUAGCAGGCAGCCAAGAAAUGAAAAACCUCCUCGUUUUCAAAGAGACUCCCAAUAUUCAAAGUCAAUUUUAGAGGGCAGCGGAUUACCUAGAAAUAGAGGUUCUGAGAGACCGAAUACUUGUUCAGGAUCUGAAGUAUGGGCUGAAGAGAGAGUCAAGUGUGAUAGACCAUAUUCUAGAUAUGACAGAACUAAAGAUACUUCUUAUCCUUUAGGUUCUCAGCACAAUGAUGGUUCUUUUAGGAAAAGAGAUAACUCUAUGCAAAGCAGAUCAGGAAAAGGUCCAUCCUAUGCAGAGGCAAAAGAAAGUCCACUUCCUCAAGAAUCCAUAGAUUAUAAUAAUCAAAAACGUGGAAAAAGAGAAAACCAAACAGCUAAUCCUGAUCAUUUUUAUGAUAGGAAAUCACGAACAAUAAGUAAUGAAGCUUUCAGUGGUAUAAAAAUUGAAAAACAUUUUAAUGUAAAUACCGAUUGCCUGAAUCCCGUUCGAAGUAAUAGCUUCAUUGGUGUUCCAAAUGGAGAGACAGAAAUGCCUCUGAGAGGAAAACGAGUAGGACCUAUUAAGCCAGCAGGACCCCUCACAGCUAUACCCUAUGAUGAUAAAAUAUUUUAUAAUAGUGGGCCCAAAAGAAGAUCUGGGCCAAUUAAGCCAGAAAAAGUACUAGAAUCAUCUAUUCCUAUGGAGUAUGCAAAAAUGUGGAAGCCUGGAGAUGAAUGUUUUGCACUUUAUUGGGAAGACAACAAGUUUUACCGGGCAGAAGUUGAAGCCCUCCAUUCUUCGGGUAUGACAGCAGUUGUUAAAUUCAUUGAUUAUGGAAACUAUGAAGAGGUGCUACUAAGCAAUAUCAAGCCCAUUCAAACAGAGGCAUGGGAGGAAGAAGGCACCUACGACCAAACUCUGGAGUUCCGUAGAGGAGGUGAUGGCCAGCCACGAAGAUCCACUCGGCCAACCCAGCAGUUUUACCAGCCUCCCCGGGCUCGAAACUAGUAUGAAAAGAAUCUUUGUGAAGAAAGGAACUGUUGACUGAAAUAUCCUGGUCAAAACCUGUUGAAAGACUUUCUACUCUUCCUUCAGAGUAAGAAGCAGCCACAGUGGAUAUUAGUUUAUGAAGAAAGAAAAAGCAGAUUUUAGGGUGGAAAAAAGGUUCAACACACACAAAGAAUGGAAAAAAAUACUGAGUUAAAUAAGGCAAAUACCUUUUACAAAUGAAAGGAAGAAUUUUUUUCUUCUGCCAUAAAUAAAACCAUUGUGCUAUUAUAUUUAGUGUUUUA